GGAGCGCAGGGGUGGCUCAGCUGUCUGGCCCAGCCCUCUCACCCACGGCCCGCCCCUCAGCCCGCCCCCAGACUGGGUGGGGUGACCCCCUACAAAAGCUCAGCGUUUCCAGCAGCAGUUUUCUUCCUCCAAGAGUGUCGGUGCGCCUGGGACCAGAGUUAAGGAACAGAAUCUUGCUGAUGCCUGCACAGGCCCAAACCCAGGGGUCAGGAAGUUUGGAGAAUGAGGCCUUUCAGCCCUGAGGUUUCCCUACACCUGCCCUGGGCCAUGGCAGCCCGCUUGCUUCCUGUCUGCACCUUCUUCCUGAACUUGCUCAGCAUGACCCAAGGCUCCCGGGACCCUGUGGUACCCAACCAGCCCUUCACCACCAUCUGGAACGCUAACACCGAGUGGUGUAUGAAGAAACACGGCGUGGACGUGGACAUCAGUAUCUUUGAUGUGGUGACCAACCCGGGGCAGACCUUCCGCGGCCCUAACAUGACCAUUUUCUACAGCUCCCAGCUGGGUACCUACCCUUACUAUACAUCUGCUGGGGAGCCUGUGUUUGGUGGCCUGCCCCAGAAUGCCAGCCUGAAUGCCCAUCUGGCCCACACAUUCCAGGACAUCCUGGCUGCCAUACCUGAGUCUCACUUCUCAGGGCUGGCAGUCAUUGACUGGGAGGCAUGGCGCCCGCGCUGGGCCUUCAACUGGGACACCAAGGAUAUUUACCGGCAGCGCUCACGGGCACUGGUACAGAAGCAGCACCCAGACUGGCCAGCUCCUCGGGUGGAGGCUGCAGCUCAGGACCAGUUCGAGGGGGCUGCAGAGGAAUGGAUGGCAGGCACCCUCAAGCUGGGACAAGCACUGCGGCCUCAGGGCCUCUGGGGCUUCUAUAACUUCCCUGAGUGCUACAACUAUGACUUUAAAAGUCCCAACUAUACCGGCCAGUGUCCACAAAACAUCCGUGCCCAGAAUGACCAGCUCGGGUGGCUGUGGAGCCAGAGCCAUGCCCUCUACCCCAGCAUCUACCUGCCCGCAGCACUGGAGGGCAUGAAGAAGGCACAGAUGUACGUGCAGCACCGUGUGGCUGAGGCAUUCCGUGUGGCAGCGGGUACUGGGGACCCCAAGCUGCUGGUGCUGCCCUACACACAGAUCUUCUACGACAUGACUGACCACUUUCUGCCCCCGGAGGAGCUGGAACACACCCUGGGGGAGAGUGCAGCCCAGGGGGCAGCGGGAGUGGUGCUCUGGGUGAGCUGGGCGAACACAAGAACCAAGGAAUCAUGCCAGGCCAUCAAGAAGUAUGUGGACACGACGCUGGGACCCUCCAUCCUGAAUGUGACCAGCGGGGCUCGUCUGUGCAGUCAGGUCCUCUGCUCCGGCCAUGGCCGUUGUGCCCGGCGCCCCAGUUACCCCAAGGCCCGCCUCAUCCUCAACUCCACCGGUUUUUCCAUCAAGCCCACGCCUGGUGGUGGGCCCGUGACCCUACGAGGUGCCCUCUCACUCGAGGAUCGGUUGCGGAUGGCGGUGGAGUUCGAAUGUCGCUGCUAUCGAGGGUGGCGGGGGACACGGUGUGAGCAGUGGGGCAUGCGGUGACUGGCACGGGCACACACUGGGUAUCUGAUGCAGUCUGGGCCUGGCUAGGGCUUUCCCAAGUCCAGGCAGGCACGGGAGUCAUGGCUACAGUCAGAAGUCCAUUCAGCCAGUGUCAUGAGCAUACACCAGUGCGUGCACACCUGCUUACAGACCAAGAUAGCUGCAUAAGGAGUUAGAGCCCUGGGCAUCCACCCAACAGAGUCAAAAAUACUUCCUCUGGAGACACUGAGUCAGUCUUCAAACACAAGCAGCCACAAGCAGUGACAUUCGGGACUUCCCUCGCCGUCCAGAGGUUAAGACGUGGAGCUUCCACUGCAGGGGGCACGGGUUCGAUCCAUGAGUGGAGACUAUGAUCACGCAUGUUGCGUGGUGCGGUUAAACAAAUAACAAAUAAAUAAACUGACAUUCACUGGG